AUGGAAGGCACAAUCAUCAUCACAGGACCCACCGGCGGCCUAGGAAGAGCCAUCCUCCACCGCAUCAAACAGCUAAACCACCCCUUCACAACAAUCCUAGCAGUCCGUUCCCUCGAAAGCGCGAAAACCCAAGCCCUCCGCGACUCCCUUGGAAAAGACCCCAGAUUCCGCAUCUGGCAUCUCGACCUAGAAAGCCUAGACUGCGUACGCACCUUCGCAACCUCCCUCCGCAUCUACGUCUCAACCGGCCGCCUCAAGCCCAUCACAGCCCUCAUCUGCAACGCAGGAAUGAUGUCCCGCUUCCGGCCAAAGUUCACGCACGACGGAUAUGAAAGGGUUUUCCAGAUAAACUACUUGGCGAAUUUCUUACUGGUUAACGCGCUGCUUCCGGCUAUGGAUUCGAGGAACUGCAGAGUAGUCUUCAUGACUAGCUUUACGCACGAUCCGACGUGUCUUCGUGCGAAGCUACUUCCUCUUCCUCGGCGAUUGUGGUUAGACUCCAAGAUGCUGGCGCAUCCUCCUGUCCCGCGGAGGAACAGUACGAAAGCUGGGUUUGCAAGAUACGCUAGAAGUAAGAUGUGUCUUAUGAUGUUCAUGCACUCGCUGCAGGAGCGUUUGGAUCGGAGUGUUGAAUAUAAGAAUAUUGCGAUUUUGGCUGUGGAUCCGGGUUUUAUUGGCGCGACUGAAAUUAUGCGGGAGCAGAAUCUCCUAUGCACGUUUGCGGUUGAGAAAGUUGUUACGCUUCUGACACCGAUUUCGGAGAGGUUGUUUUCCAAUUCGCUGUUACGGAGUCCCGAGCGUUCGGCGAAUGAUAUUGUACGGGUAGGACUUGAUCUAAAAACCGGGGGAGGCUCUGACACUGCAAAAGCUAUGGUUUGCAACGGCCACAAACUUGAGCAAAGCGGAAGAGAAUCGAGAGACCGGCAGAAGCAGAAGGAGCUAUGGGAUGUGAGUUUAUCUUUGGUAGGCCUGACGCUAGAAGAAGAGGCUUUUAUUGAUGAGUGA